AUGGAGGGGAUGGACGUCGACCUGGACCCGGAGCUGAUGCAGAAGUUCAGCUGCCUGGGCACCACCGACAAGGACGUGCUCAUCUCCGAGUUCCAGCGGCUGCUGGGCUUCCAACUCAACCCGGCCGGCUGCGCCUUCUUCCUGGACAUGACCAACUGGAACUUGCAAGCAGCUAUCGGAGCCUACUAUGACUUUGAGAGCCCCAAUAUCACCGUACCCUCUAUGUCCUUCGUUGAGGAUGUUACCAUAGGAGAAGGGGAAUCGAUCCCCCCCGACACACAAUUUACCAAAACGUGGCGGAUACAAAACUCUGGGACCGAGGCCUGGCCUCCGGGGGUUUGUCUUAAGUAUGUCGGGGGAGACCAGUUUGGCCACGUGAACAUGGUUAUGGUCAGAUCACUAGAGCCCCAGGAGAUUGCAGAUGUCAGCGUCCAGAUGUGCAGCCCCAGCUCAGCAGGAAUGUAUCAGGGACAGUGGCGAAUGUGCACUGGCACGGGACUCUAUUACGGAGAUGUCAUCUGGGUGAUCCUCAGCGUGGAGGUGGGAGGACUUUUAGGAGUGACGCAGCAGCUGUCGUCCUUCGAGACGGAGUUCAACACGCAGCCGCACCGCAAGGUGGAGGGAAACUUUAACCCGUUCGCCUCCCCGCAGAAGAACCGGCAACCGGACGAAAACACCGUCAAGGACCCCGGGGGAUCCGGGGCCGGCCCGCUCAGCAAAGACACGUGGGCCCCUCCCGCGCCCGACCAAAUUGAACAAGAUCAGGAUGGACUGUCACAAAACUCUGUAAACCUCUCCCCCAGCCGUCACUCAAACAACCUAUCGGUAGUGACUUACAGUAAGGGGUUCCACGGCCCUUAUCCCUUCGGACAGUCUUAAAACGGGUAUCGUCAAGAAGAGACGCGAACAGAGGACUGGCUCUGGGGGGGAGGGAAAGGGGCCUUUCUGGAUUCCAGACGGCCCAGCGUGGACAUCCUGGAAAAAGAAGAGGAGGAAGCGAAACAGACCGGUUUCAAGCAAACUCAGUAUGCAUGUGUGAAUGCUGAAUUGCAGGAGUGCUGUUCUAAGCUACGGAGAAGAAAUCCACACAGCCACAGUUUUCUUUUCUUCUUCUUUUUUUUUUUUUUUUUUAGAUGAUAGUCUCACAAGAAAUUCGGUAGUUUGGGGACAGUUUAUGAAAAGAGAAAAGCCAUCUUUUUAAAACAAAAAAAGAAAACCUUAUUUUGCCUACAGAGAAGUUGUAGUUUUGAGGAAAUGUUAAU